GGUCUCUCUUCACUUUGUCUGAACGGCGCGGGCGAGUGCCGUGUCGCACCCCUGUACUGUGUAACUUGCUCAUUAUAUCUGUCGCCAUUUGGACAGCACAGAAGAGCCUCUGUUUCUUAACGACUUUCUAUAAUGUAGCCUACCUCCGCAGAACGCUCGAGACUGGGCAGACGGGACUCGUCAGUUGUGUUUGGGAAGUUUAUAUUUUCUUCCAACAGAUGUGCAUUUUUUUGUAUUGUUUUGGACCUCAAUCAUUGCACCGUGUUGUCGUUUUAAGAUUCGCCAAUACACCCGUCUUCGAUUGCGGUGGUCACGGUCACCCUAAAGGAAGGGUCUGUGAGCUGGGAUUCUCUCCUUCCACUCCCCCUCACACACACACACUCCCUCGCAUAGACACUCUGCAGAAUGAGGGAAGCCUGGAGGUGCUUGCUGGGACUGUGCCUCCUGGCACACUCUGCCUCCCCCGCCUCCCCCCACGGUGCCGCCAACCCCUUUGCUGGGCAACAGACACCCCCAGAUCUCUGCUACGAUGACGCAGGCGCCGCCCGCCGCUGCAUCCCGGAGUUCAUCAACGCCGCAUUUGGCAAGGAGGUGGCCGUGUCCAGCGUGUGCGGCUGGCCGACGUCGUCGCGCUCUUGUAGCAUGGUGGAGCACGGUGAGGAGCGGCCUUCAGUGCGCACCUGCCAGAUCUGCGACGCAGCGGACCCAUGGCGUGCCCACCCGCCCUCCUACCUCACCGACCUCAACUCGGCCCACAACCUCACCUGCUGGCAGUCGGAGAAUCUGCACACCUCGCCAAACAACGUCAACCUCACCCUGUCGCUGGGAAAGAAGUUUGAGAUCACCUACGUCAGCUUGCAGUUCUGCUCGCCCCGCCCAGAGUCAUUGGCAAUCUACAAGAGCAUGGACUAUGGCAAGAGCUGGACGCCUUACCAGUACUAUUCGUCCCAGUGCCGGCGCAUGUACAACCGGCCUAACAAGGCGGCCAUCACAAAACAGAAUGAGCAGGAGGCCCUUUGUACCGAUGGCCACACUGACCUCUACCCACUUUCCGGAGGGCUCAUUGCCUUCAGCACUCUGGACGGGCGGCCCUCCGGGAAAGACUUUGACAACAGCCCUGUGCUCCAGGACUGGGUAUCAGUCACCGACAUCCGUGUGGUCUUCAGCAGGCCCCAGCUGCCCCGCGAAAAAGGGACAGGAGAAGGGGCAGGGAUAGGCGGGGGAGGCCAGCUGGACGAGGACCCAAUGGUACCGUCCACGUCUCUGCCGGCGUACUUCUACGCGGUGGGGGACUUCCAGGUGGGCGGGAGGUGUAAGUGCAACGGGCACGCCUCACGCUGCCUCAAGGACAAGGAGGGCAAGCUGGUGUGCGACUGUAAACACAACACGGAGGGGCCCGAGUGCGACCACUGCAAGCCCUUCCACUGCGACCGGCCGUGGCAGAGGGCCAGCGCCCGUGAGGCCAACGAGUGUUUACCGUGUAACUGCAACCUGCACGCCCGGCGCUGCCGCUUCAACAUGGAGCUGUACAAGCUGUCAGGGAGAAAGAGUGGAGGCGUGUGCAUGAACUGUCGCCACAACACGGCUGGACGCCACUGCCACUACUGCAAGGAAGGCUUCUACCGGGAUAUGUCCAAGCCCAUCACACACCGCCGCGCCUGCAAAGCCUGUGACUGCCACCCGGUGGGUGCGGCAGGGAAGACAUGUAACCAGACGACGGGCCAGUGCCCCUGUAAGGACGGCGUGACGGGCAUCGCCUGCAACCGCUGUGCCAAGGGCUACCAGCAGAGCCGCUCGCCCGUGGCCCCCUGCAUCAAGAUCCCAGUGGUGAACCCUACAGCCAUGGUCAGCAGCAGCACAGAGGAACCGGCAGCAGAUUGUGAGUCAUAUUGCAAACCAGUGAAAGGGAAUCUGAAAAUCAACAUGAAGAAAUACUGCAAGAAAGACUAUGCGGUGCAAGUCAACGUGCUGGACAUGGAGACGGUGGGCGACUGGGCCAAGUUCUCUGUCAGCGUGGUGUCUGUCUACAAGAGCCGUGGCGAGCCACUCAAACGGGGCGACAACGUCCUGUGGAUUCACAUGAAGGACCUGGCUUGCAAGUGCCCAAAAAUCCAGAUGAGCAAGCGCUUCCUGGUUAUGGGCACUAGCGAGACCGGGCCUGGGGGUUCUGUGCCCGGGGGUCCCAGAGCUGGACCAGGGGCCAUAGGGGCCACUGCAGGAGCAGAGCGAAUAGGGCUCCUGGCCGAUAAGAACAGCCUGGUCAUCCAAUGGAGAGACAUUUGGACACGGCGCCUCCGGAAGUUCCAGCGCAAAGAGAAGAACGGCAAGUGCAGCAAAGCAUGAUGGGAGAGAGAGCAGCACAUCCCAUCCAACACCACCCCCCCACCCAUUCUCCUACCCCCCCAUGACCCCUUUCUAGCUCUCAGCUAGUUCACAAACACGACCCCACCCCCGACUCCCUAAAAACCCUGAACCCCAAAGUGGGGACACUGCACAUUACAGAGACUGCAUGUAUUUUGCCUGUUUAAGGACCACUUUGUGUAUAUUAUAUAACUACUUCAUUUUUAUUUUGUGCUUUAAUCAUGGGACUCUUAUCUAUUGGUCUGCCUUAAAAAGGGACCAUUAAAAAGGGUACGAAAUGACAACGACAGCAAAAAUGUCCACUCUUGCCCCACUCACAACCCCCCCACCCCCCCUUCAGACUGCUUUAGUCCCCCCUCCUGUCACCAUGUUUUAGUGUUUUGAAACUAUCAGAGUUCACAUUUCCGUUCUUGUACCAGGAGUAUUUAUGAAGCUCGGAUAAUCGGAGAGAGAGAGACUGAUUUUUUUUGUGUUGUAGCAAAGUCCCUCAUGCAGGCUGCAACCAAUGAAAAGGAAAAACUGCACAACCUCAGCUCGUCUGCCUACUCCACCACUGUUUCACUGUCUCUAAACCCCCACCUUGUUCUACGCAACUGAGAUUACUAGCCUAGAGAGGCCAUUUUGCCUUGUACUCUUAUUCCAUAUGUUAAGAUAUGUAGACAUCAACUCUCUGCAGUAGCAUCUCUGGACCAGACCCCACAACGGCUGCAUCCUCGUCCACAGAGGAUCGUCACCACAACAAGAGCUGUCCCCACAGGGGCCUUCUCCACCUCCAAACCUCACUUUUACCACCACUGCCAUUGCAGUAUGUACAUAACUUCAGACAGAGGCACCUGCUACACUCUAGUCUACACGCUACAGCUGUUGACAAUGACCCCACCACUCACUCACUGGUUCUACAGAUCCAGUCAUAGACAGACAGUGAGACUGCUUAGAGACGGACUAACUCUAAACUCUAAUAUUGUUUCUCCUUUAUUCUAUAUUCACGUAAUUCUGUUCUCAGAUUCCUAUACUCCUACCGACCUACUGUCUCACUAUCUAAGUGAAGUCCCAGAACCCAUGCACCCCCCCCCCCCCCCUGCCAGCCCUCACACCAUGAGCAGGAAAUUGAACCAUGCAUCAUUAUCUGACUAAAUAUAUAUAUUAUUAUUUUUUUAGAGAGGGAGAGAGAGAGACUCCGGCAGAGUGGAAAGUAGCCCGCUCCACAACAGAACAACAGCCAAUACCCCAAACUUCAGGAGGAUAUUAUGCAUAAUGUCUUCCUGUGUUAGUUGAUAAAAAGGUCACAUGUCG